AUGUUGUUGCGAAGCCGCCGCGUGGGAUGCCAGACUGCAGCUCUGAGUGUCCUCUUCGCCUUCUCCCAAGACGGUGCCUUCGUCUCGCGCGUGCGGAGUCUUGUGAGCCGCCCACCACCUCGGCCUGGGCGUCUCUGGCAUGCUGACAGGGGUGGGCGGCGCUGUUUGGGCAGCGUUGGCGAGGAGAUCAGCGAAGCACCACGCAUCGCUUGGUCUUUCUGGGAUAAAGGGAAGGAAAAUUUGCCAGAAUUCAGGCGCCUGUGCAUGGAAACCUGGGCCACGCAGAAUCCGGGUUGGAGGAUAGAGAUGCUGGACCAAAGGAAUGUCCAUGAGUAUCUGGACCCAAAGGAACUCCCGAGGCUCUGGCCAGAGAUGUACGUCCCCUGGCAGGCCGAUGCGGUGAGGCUUGCACUCUUGGCCAAGUACGGCGGCUUGUGGAUUGAUGCCUCCACGAUCUGUUUUCGGCCUUUCGAUGAAUGGAUGUACAGCACCAUCGCUUCAGAAAGGACUGCCGAGGGCAUUGGUGCCUUCUACUUCUCAGCUUGGGGUUGCGAGAUGCACAAGAGCAAGGAGUUCGUGGAGAACUGGGUGAUGGCCGCCCGUCGCCAGCAUCCGAUGAUGGUGGCCUGGAAGGCCUUGUUCAACGGAUACUGGGACAGCAAGACAAGGGCUGAUGCGAUGUCCAUGUUCCUCGAUCCGCCAGGGGUCCCGGAUCAUCCUCUCUUCCGGGGUGUCGACCUGGACCACUUGAAGCGCUUCGGGCAGGAUCUCCGCAAUUAUCUCCUCAUGCACGCAGCGUUUAAGAAGCUCGUUGAUCAAUACCCCGAGUUUCGUCGCAUCUGGGAAGAGGAAAUGGUCUUGAUCCGCGCAGAUGACACGGCCUUCUGGCACAUGGAGGAGCCCGACGUCAAGUGGGAUCCACAGGCGGCCUUACGCAAGUGGCGAGGGCCAGUGCAUUCGGCAUGGUUAGACUAUGUUGUCUCGAGCUGCCCAGUGUUGAAGUUCACCAGGGACACGGCGACCUUGCUGGAUCAGGACCCGGGCGGUCUCCACUGA